AUGGCCUGCAACAUGGCGUGGUCCAAGAGCACCCGCAUCAAGAUCAUGAUUGCCAUUGACACGGCCUUCUUCUUGCUCGAGCUGGUUUGCGGUUUUCUUGCCCACUCGCUGGCCUUGACCGCCGACGCUUUUCACAUGCUCAACGACAUCAUCUCCCUCGUCAUCGGUUUGUGGGCUGUUGUGGCGGCCCAGAAAGAGACGACCGACGAAUUCACCUUUGGGUGGGUUCGCGCUGAAAUUCUUGGUGCCUUCUUCAACGCCGUCUUCCUCAUCGCCUUGUGCGUGUCCAUCAUUCUGGAAGCUCUCACCCGAUUCGUAGAGCCCCCCGAGAUUAGCCAGCCAAAGCUCAUUCUUGCCGUCGGCUGUGCCGGCCUCGUGUCGAACCUACUUGGUUUCGUGGUGCUGGGUGGCCAUGGACACGCACACGGACACGACCACGGUGACGAGGAGGAUGGCCACGGGCACGGCCACGAGCACCCUCAUGAGCAUCAUCAGCACCAUCAGCACCAUCAGCACCAUCAUCAAGUCUCCAAUGACCUCCGCAGCAAUGUCGCGAGCGAAGAGGGCGCCGUCGGCGACGUUCUUCCCGAAGUCGUGCUCCGACGCGCAACCGAGAGCGCCGAGCACGCCCGUCGCAUCCGAUUCGGAGACGAGGCCUCCAGCCGGGAUGAUUCCAACAAUCGCAGCCGUCUCGCCGCGCAGCCGAGGGGACGUGCUAGGCGGCGUUCCAGCAGGAGCGGCCACUCUCGUUUCCAGAGCAUCGAAGACAUGAGCAUCCACCCUGCCAGCUUCCGACAGGACAUCAUUGCCGCGAGCUUGGCGGCAUCAUCCGGUGCCGGCUUGGUGGCCGGGAGCGACACCAGCGACGACGGCGACGACGACGCUCCUCUUGGCGGGUUGGAACCCCAAACCAACGAAGAAUCCCCCCUCCUCGCCGGUGGCGUCGCCAAGAUCCGCGGCAAUGGCACUCUCGACGGCCACGCUGCUCACUCCCACGGCGCGCCUCGCAAGCACGCUCGCCGCGACUCGAGCGUCCACCACGGCCACAACCACACCUUGCCGCAGAAGCCGGGCUCCAAGGCCAGCGGCCACAGCCACGCCGACAUGGGCAUGAACGCCAUGAUGCUCCAUGUUCUGGGCGACGCGCUGGGCAACGUCGGCGUCAUCAUCACCGCCCUCGUCAUAUGGCUCACGGACUGGCCUGGCAAGCUCUACUGCGAUCCCGCCGUGUCGCUGCUCAUCACCGCCAUCAUCCUCAAGACGUCCAUCCCCCUUACUCGCGCAACCGCCAGGGUUCUCCUGCAGGCCACCCCCGAGAACAUUUGCAUCCAAGACAUCCGCCAAGACAUCGAGGGUCUUCCAGGAGUCGUGAGCUGCCACCACAUCCACAUCUGGCAGCUGUCUGAUACCAAGGUCGUCGCCAGCAUGCACCUGCAGGUGGCCUUCCCCAUCAACGAGCACAGCGGCGAAAAGUACAUGCAACUGGCCAAGAGGGCGCGCAAGUGCCUGCACGGGUUCGGCAUCCACAGCGCCACUAUCCAGCCCGAGUUCUGCCUCGAUAAACAGCACACGCACGCUGGGGAUGCCGCAGCGCUGCGAAUGGAUGGCGGCCGUGAUGGAAACGGCGAGGCCCCCUGUCUCUUGGAAUGCAUAGACGACUGCCAGGAGCAAGGUUGCUGCCCGGCGGCCGACUCAUCUUCCAAGGCGUCGUCGCCUUGCCGUGGCGGUGGCAGUGGCAGUGGCAAUGGCAAUGGCAACGGCAGCGGCAGUGGCUCGUCACAUGGCGACCAAGAACAUCAUCACCAUCAACACUAG